AUGGACAAUUUAACGAUUUAAAAUAAUGCCUGUAUUAAGAUUUAAAAAUUAUGGCGUUCAUAUACAAAUAGGAAAAUAUAUAAAUAUUAUAACAAUAUCAUUUUAUUUAAAUGCAAAGGAAAUCCGGCAAGAUUAUUAAAAGCAAUAAAUCCUUUAGAAGCCUAAUUAUUAGAAACGGCUUCAAACGUUCAUUUAAGAUUUAGAUUAGGCGGUGAAACGUUUCCACCAAAUAUUUAUUAUAAAAUAUAUACACAUGGGGCAUUAUGUGAUAUAAACAGUUACGCUCCAAGAGAUUAUUCAGUAAUAUAGAGAGAUUAGAAUGAUUAAAAUAGAAAAAUAAAAUAUAAGCAAUACAUAUAAAAUAAAGAUAAUUAUUAAAGUUAAGGAUGGUAUUUGAGAAUAGAUAAUAAUGGAUGGAGACCAAUUUCUCAUAAAGUAUUUAUUAAAACUGAUUACGUAGAACUUUUUUCAGCAAAUAAAAUUAAAUAUUAUCAUUUUAAAAAAGAAAAAAGAAAUGAAAAAAUUUAGAAGAAAUAAAGAUUGAAUAAGUUAAGAUGGAUUUAAAAUAUGUAUAAAAAUGCCAGAAUAGAAGAAGAGUAAGAACUUGAAUAAAAAAAAUAAAAUAAUUAAAAUCAAAACCAAAACCAAGAAGAAGAUGAAGAAAAUUUAAAUAUCCCCAAAGAUUUUAAUCCAUUAAAAGAUCAAAGGUAUAUAGAUUUAAAUGAAGAUUAAUUUAAUAAUGAGGUAAAAGAUUUAAUCGAAUGGUCUAAAAAUUUAGAUUUUGACGAAUAUAUUAAAGAUUGGUUUUAAUUAUCAACUUCAAAUGCUUCAGAAGCAUUUGUGGUAAGACCUAUAAAAAAUAAUUUAGUUUUUAGUUCAAUAGAAGGACAUGAAAAUUCAAUAAUAAAAGAUAAAAAUAUUACUAACAAAAUAGAUUUUGUAAUGACGUAAUAUAUAGAUAAAUGA